AUGGACAUUGGUGGCCGCAAGAAAGCCGCUUCUCGCAGCGAAGAGUGCACGGUAAAUGGUCGCAUGGAGCGGCGCAGGGCAUGGAGCACUGGCUAUGCGGACACGCUGAUGGACAUUUCGGAUCUGCGCAUGGAGUGCAGGGCUCUGCGCAAAGUCUCGGGCACUUUGAAUGAGCACACUGGAUCUCGCAGGGCAUGCUGCAUGGAGGACAUUGCUCCGACCCGUGGCAGGUUUGCCUACACGUAUGAACGCAGGUCGAUUGAUUCCGGCCACAAAUUUGGAGACAUUUGCCGUGGUCCACUUUGA